AUGCCACCACAAAUUCCAGGAGCCCACCGACGCAACGAGUCACAAAUGCUGUCUCGCGGAUCCAUCCUCCCCGCGGGCUCAACAACAACAACAACCAGCAGCGCCGCCGCAGCCAUGUCAGCCACUAAAUCGCGGCAGUACGCACACCUGCACUCUCAACUGGCACAGCUGAAUGCACACUUGGCCGAUACCGAGAACCUGGUGCGUAUGACGGCGGUGCAGGCGGGCGAUAUGCGGUUUUUGGGCGGAUAUAUUGGUGGGCUGUUUAUGGGCGCGGCCAAAGUGUUGGGCGAAGAGGGGGUGAAGGGGGCUGCUGCUGGGAAGCAUGGGGAUAAUGAGGCCGUUGUCAAAGAGGAAUCGUGA